AUGGUUGCCUUUGGGAAAAAGCUCAAGGAACGGAGCAUUCAAGAAUGGCAAAGAUAUUACAUCAAUUACAAACUGAUGAAGAAGAAAGUGAAUCAAUAUGGUCGCCAGCUAGAAGGAGGCAAUCUAGAACGCCGCCAUGUUCUUAAAGAUUUCUCAAGAAUGCUGGACAAUCAGAUCGAGAAAAUAGCUCUCUUCAUGUUGGAGCAACAAGGAUUGCUUGCAAGCAGGCUACAGAAGCUAAGGCAGACUCAUGACGCUCUCCAAGAAGAGCCUCAAAUAUCUCAAAUCUCUAAUCUAAAGGAAGAUUACAGAGCUGUUGGUCUAGAUCUUCUCAAGCUUCUCUAUUUCGUAGAGAUGAAUGCUAUUGGUAUCCGCAAGAUCCUCAAGAAAUUCGAUAAACGGUUUGGCUACAGAUUCACAAACUAUUACGUCAAGACUCGAGCUAACCAUCCUUACUCUGAGCUUCAACAAGUCUUUAGACAUGUGGGUCUUGGAGCUGUUGUUGGAGCUGUGUCUCGCAACCUCCACGAGCUUCAAAACAAUCAAGGAAGCUACUUAUCGAUCUACGACCAGCCCGUGCUUCCUCUUCAAGAUCCUGUAGUGGACUCAAUCAGAGCAGCAGUGGACAGGCUAACACAUUCAACAAACUUCCUAAACUUCAUGGCACAGCACGCUUUCAUCAUGCAAGAAGAGCUGCCAAGUCCGCAAGACGAGGAAGAGAGUGUCGAUCAAGACGGGAGAUACCACUUCAUGUCUCUCUUGUUGAAUCUUGUCAACACGUUUCUCUACAUGGUCAACACUUACAUCAUUGUUCCCACAGCUGAUGACUACUCAAUGAGCCUUGGAGCAGCUGCUACUGUCUGUGGUGUUGUGAUUGGUGCUAUGGCUGUUGCUCAGCUCUUCUCUUCUGUUUACUUCAGCGCCUGGUCUAACAAAUCUUACUUCAAACCGCUUGUAUUUAGUAGCAUUUUCCUCUUCAUUGGGAACUUGUUGUAUGCCCUAGCUUUCGACUUUAACUCCAUAGCUGUUCUCUUGAUCGGUCGACUUUUCUGCGGAUUGGGAUCGGCGAGAGCAGUGAACAGGAGAUAUAUAAGUGACUGUGUACCGUUAAAGAUAAGGAUGCAAGCUUCAGCUGGUUUUGUUAGUGCGAGUGCUUUAGGAAUGGCGUGUGGUCCUGCGCUUGCUGGUCUAUUGCAAACAAGAUUCCAGAUUUACAACGUUACGUUUAACCAAGAUACAUUGCCUGGUUGGGUUAUGGCUGUGGCUUGGCUUUUGUACUUGGUUUGGUUAGCUGUUUCGUUUCGUGAGCCUGCACGUGAGCGUGAGGAGGAGACACACAAUGCUUCUUCAGAGGAGGUUAGUAACUCUGUUCAAGAAGUGAAUCUUGAGAAAGGUGUGAAAGAGCCGUUGCUGAUUACAUCGGAAGAGAUUGAGGAAGAAGAAGAGGUUGAAGAUGAAGAUGGAAGCGAGGAAGCUUCUGAAGAGUCUCGUAAACCUGUGAACUCCAUUGUGGCUGCUUAUAGAUUGCUCACACCUUCCGUUAAGGUUCAGCUGUUGAUAUACUUCAUGCUUAAGUAUGCAAUGGAGAUUCUUCUCUCUGAAUCUAGUGUCGUCACUACUUACUAUUUUGGUUGGUCAACGAGCUCUGUUGCGAUCUUCUUGGCUUGUCUUGGUCUCACUGUUCUUCCUGUGAACAUCGUCAUUGGAAGCUAUAUCAGCAACAUGUUUGAAGACCGGCAAAUUCUGUUGGUGUCGGAGGUUAUGGUUUGUGUCGGAAUACUUCUCAGCUUCCAUGUCGUUGUUCCCUACACUGUGCCACAAUAUGUUUGCUCAGGACUCAUCAUGUUUGUUUCCGCAGAAGUUCUUGAAGGUGUUAAUUUGUCGUUGCUCUCGAGGGUCAUGUCGUCGAGGCUGUCGAGAGGGACGUAUAACGGAGGUCUGCUUUCGACGGAGGCAGGGACGAUCGCACGUGUGAUUGCUGACGUGACGAUUACCGUGGUCGGUUACUUUGGACGGAGUAUGCUUUUGAAUGCUACUCUGCUUCCGUCUCUAGUCAUUUGUGUUCUCUCCAUCGUAGCUACUUGUUUUACUUACAACUCCUUGUAUUAG